AUGGCGCUGGCAGCCGCUGCCGCUGCCGCUGCCGCCGCCGCAGGGGUGAGCCAGGCGGCGGUGCUGGGCUUCCUGCGGGAGCACGGCGGGCAGGUGCGCAACUCGGAGCUGCUGAGCCGCUUCAAGCCGCUGCUGGACGCUGGGGACCCACGGGGCCGCGCGGCCCGUAGGGACCGCUUCAAGAAGUUCGUCAACAACGUGGCCGUGGUGAAGGAGCUGGACGGGGUCAAGUUCGUGGUGCUGAGAAAGAAGCCGCGGCCGCCGGAAGGACCCGAGGCCCCACUCUCCUCCAGCCCUGGGGAGCCAGCCGCGCUAGCCGAGUGCGCUGCUGUGCCAGCAGAGGACAGCUGUGUCCCCGGGUCUCCCCACUCCCCACAGCCGUCAGGAGAACCGUCGGAGGACUCGCCCGCACCAUCCGAUCUACAGCACACCUCUGAGACCCCACCCUCAGGGGUCACCCAGGUUGAGGCUCCAUCAAGCUCAGCGCCACAGCCUGGGGGACCCGAGGAUCUGGAGCUACCUCGGUCCUCGGAGCUAGCCCGACCGGCCAGCGUGCCGUCGGGGCUGGCUCUGCCGAGCACAGAGUCGCCAGGCCCGGAGCCUGCACCUCCCACGGCGCAAAUGCCACCGCAGAAGCCUUGCAUGCUGCCUGUGCGCUGCGUCGUCCCUGGCCCCGCGGCGCUGCGGAUCCGCGCGGAAGAGCAGGGCCUGCGCCGGCAGCGGUCGGAGGAGCCGAGCCCGCGGGGCUCCCCGAUGCUCCUGCGGCGGCUCUCGGUAGAGGAGUCCGGGCUUCACCUGGGACCCGGCCGCUCCCCGCAUCUCAGGCGCCUGUCGCGCGCCGGCCCGCGCCUGCUGAGCCCGGACACGGAGGAGGUACCCGUCGCGCCGCCGCCGCCACCCGCGGUGCCCCUGGAGCCCGCGGAGCACGAGUGGCUGGUGCGCACGGCCAGCGGUCGUUGGAGCCACCAGCUGCACGGGCUGCUCUUGCGAGACCGCGGCCUGGCUGCCAAGCGCGACUUCAUGUCCGGCUUCACCGCCCUACACUGGGCGGCCAAGAGCGGCGACCGGGAGAUGGCUUUACAGCUGGUGGAAGUGGCGCGGCGUGGGGGCGCUCCCGUGGACGUGAACGCGCGCUCGCACGGUGGCUACACGCCGCUGCACCUGGCGGCUCUGCACGGCCACGAGGAUGCAGCGGUGUUGCUGGUGGUGCGCUUGGGCGCCCAAGUGCACGUCCGAGACUACAGCGGCCGGCGAGCCUACCAGUACCUGCGGCCUGGCUCCUCCUACGCGCUGCGGCGGUUACUGGGUGACCCUGGCCUGCGAUCUACCACGGAGCCUGAUGCGGCCGGUGGUGGCAGUGGGAGCUUUGUGUCUCGGCACCCCGUGCAGGUGGCCGCCACCAUCCUCAGCUCCACCACUAGCGCGUUUCUGGGCGUCCUGGCCGACGACUUGAUGCUCCAGGACCUGGCCCGUGGCUUGAAGAAGUCAAGCUCCUUCAGCAAGUUCUUGGGUGCCUCGCCCAUGGCUCCCCGAAAAAAGACCAAGAUCCGUGGUGGCUUGCCGUCCUUCACCGAAAUCUCUCGUCGACCCACUCCAGGACCUUUAGCUGGUUUAGUGCCCAGUCUGCCCCCUCCAACCUGAAUAGCCUUGGAGCUACCAAGGCCUUGGUUGACCUACCAGGGCCUGUGGCACAUCGUUUAAGCCUGUCCAAGACAGGCCCAACACCUGCAGCCUGUCUCACUUCCAGUAUUAUCUGUUGCAGCCUGCUGAACCCAGAUGGGCCUCCACCUUCCGUUUGAAAUUUGAUGUGCCUACAGAGAUGGGAUUCUUGUUCCCCGGAAGAGGAACCAAACAGCCAUGCCUGAUCUUGGGAGGAGACUUGAAGUUAAGGGUCAAAGGUUA